UUUGACUUAGGUCGGCUCAGGUUAGGUUUGGGCAUUUUAAGUUUGGAUCUUUGCAAUAGACGAUAUUAAAUUGAGUCAAAUUCGAGUUCGGCUCAAGUAAAGUCAAUACGAUUUAGAUCAAAUUCAAUAUCCUUAGUAAUAAGGUUUUGAUCGACACUUGGUUGGGAUAUCGGGUUUGUGUGAAGCUUGAAUGUUAAUACAUUAUCGCAUAUAAAAUCAUCAUAUAUGAUUAAAAAAAUCAGCAAGUAUUAUAUGAGAUCGUCUUACCAUUAGAUGAGUCCAUAUAAUAGUCAAUUUUUCUAAUUGAUCACUUUAAAAUUGUUGGUUAUUACUUUAAGGUUAUAAGUAAUCAUUCUAUAAAAAGUGAUCACUUUAACAUUAAAAAUGAUUACUUCAAAAAUUAAAAGUGAUCAUUUUAAGGUUUUAAGUGAUCAAUUUAAGAAUGGUCACGGACUAUGACAAAAGUCAUAAACAUAUCCCUUCAAUCCCAAGAGAGUCUUAAGAGAAGGUAAACUAAACUAAAGCCCACUAACCCAUUAUUGGUCAAAUUAGUUGGUAUUUUCCCAACUCUAAUUCUAAUUACCAACUGACUUUCAAUAUUAAAACAAGGCAUUCCUUUUAUUUUUGCUGAAUUUAAGCCACAAGCAACUGAAAAUAUUCACAUACUUCCACAAUUAGAAUUCCCUCUUCAUCUAUAAUUAGAAACCUAUAAAGUAAUCAAUCCUUAAUAGAAGUAGUUAAUAGUAUCACAUGUCAAGAAUCAUGAGUUCUUCUGUAACUCCAUUAAAUCAGGGAAUUCAACCCCUUCAUAUUCAAGCAUAUGAUCAUCACAAGAAUCCCACCAAAGAAGAAGAUCCAAGAAUUCAUAUUCAGAAGUCAAAUAUUACAGGAAAGCUUCUUGGAAUUGUUUUUUACUUCCAAUUAUUGGUAAUUUCUGUUCUUGCAAUAAUCCUUUGUGUAAGAGGCUUCAUUUCUUUCGAUGCGAGCCAUCGUUCUCGUAAAAAUUGGUAUCCCCCCAUGCUCACAUCUGUUGGAUUGGCCGGAAUCAGUGGAAUAGCAUGGCAGAUUGUUACUCUGUGUUCUCCAUCAAGGGCAAUCAAACUAGCAUUUUGGUUCUGUCCUAUGCUUACUUGUGCCAUGGGUGUGUUUUUGAUAUCGGUUGGCUAUGCGGCAGGAUUAGCUUUCGGUGUUUUAUCGAUCUUAGUAGCUGUUAUUCAAUCCUUAUAUGCUUGUUGGGCGAACCCACGUUUCGAUCAUGCAGUUUCUGUGCUCUGUGUGUGCACUGCAAAACCCCCUCCUCGGACUAUCUUACUGGUAUUCCUGUCGGUUAUUGUGGCAGUUGUCUACAUCGCUGUUUUGAUGGUCGGAAUUGGUGGGGCCAUCGAGAUUGGCAGCAACGUUGAUAAGGUUUUGAUUGUUGUAAUCGUCUUGAGCAUGAUCUGGACUCUGCAAGUAAUGAAGAAUUUUGUGCAGGUGGCGGUUUCACGAGUGAGGUAUCUGAGCUUUGCAUGUGGGGAUGAGACAAAAGAUACAUGGACCUCGCUUAAAGAAGUGGUGGGUCCCAUGGUUGGGACGGUCUGCUUUGGAUCAAUCCUAGUCCCGGUUUUCACCCUUGUGCGAGGGUCUUCUAGGGCACUCGGUCUUAUAGCAGGGGACUCUGACGAGUUCCUGUUUUCUUGUGCAGACUGUUACUCGGGCAUAGCAACACGACUGAUAACGUAUGGAAACCGAUGGGGAUUUGUCCAUGUUGGAAUAUACGGAAAGGGGAUUGUUCAAUCAUCGUGUGACACGUGGGAGAUGUUUCGAAGAGCAGGGAUGGAAGAGCUCAUUGACUUUGAUCUAACUAGCUCAUUCUGCUUCUUUUGUGGGGUUGCAGGGGGUGUUCUUAGUGCACUUGUAGGAGGGUGUUGGACACUAGUUGUUCAGAGGGAAUAUACGAUUGAGAUUUCAGUUUAUGGGUUUUUAAUCGGUUAUUUUGUGAGUCGAGUUGCUAUGGCUUCGCACCAAGCAUGUGUUUCAGCUUACUAUGUGGCAUUUGCCGAGAACCCCCAAAGUACUCGUUUUGAUGCAACUAUUCCAGUUCGGUUGCAAGAGCUUCAGAGAAACCAGAUAGUUAAUCAGACAGUUUGACCAUCAUGAUGGUUUGUGAAUAGUCUCGCCAUUGGAUUUGGGUGAUAGAAUGGAUUCCUUCAUGAAACUAGAAUGGCAAUUUCUUGUGCUACUGCCUACUGCAUGCUUGCUGUUGUGAGUUUAAACGUUCAUAACUCACAUUUUAGACAGUGUCGUUCCUGAUACUUUAUGGGCCCUAUGCAAAAUGAAAGAAAUGAGCAUUUUCUAUAGAGGGUCGAUUUCGGUCUUUGAUGGGCAUUUGACUAAAGUAAAGUUACAAUUUUACAAGCAGUGUUUACAUUCUAGAUAACAACACUGCUGAAUUGAAGUAUUGGACACUAGUAACUAUGGGCCUAGGCAAAUAUCUAUCUUGCCUAGGUAUCUUGCCUAGGGUCCGAAACGGCCCUGAUUUUGAAAUAUGCAAAAAAAAAAAAAUAAUAAUAAAAACUCUACUGAGAUGAGAGUGAAGUAUAUGUUAGAUUGCUGUAAAAAAGGGACAACACAGCAAGUGACAUUUUUCUUUGUAGAAGAGAUUUAAAGGAUAUUUCCUGAUAUUCUUUGAAAAACUGAAAUGUAUAAAGUUCUUAUUGCUGUUAUUGUAUACAAGUAUAAGAACUGAUGCAGUAAAGCAGAAUGUAAGCUACUGUUUCCAAUCGUUUGUUAACGAUUUAAACUUCGAUUUCGUGAAAAGUACCAAUUUGAAAGUACAAUACCUACUAUAUACAAUAAAAGAUAUUAAAGAUUGAAUUAGUGUGUUAGUAACGGUGCAUAACAAAAUGAGACACGUAUACCAAAAGAGAGGGAGUAUUAUCUACCG